AUGUGUUACUAAAUCUACCUUUAUAUACAUUUACCCAAACAAUGGAAUUACUUGAAUCCAUAGUUCAGUAGUUUUGAGUACGAUAAAAUCAAUUCGGAUUUAAUUAAAUAGGAUGAAACAUAUAACUUAUAUGAAUAAUGGAGAAGAUUAAAUGCUUUAAUUUACAAAAGAGUUUAAAAGAAUACCAGAUAAUAAAAUAGAAAUAUUAGUUGA